CAACAACACGCCGGCCCCUCCCAUGAUCGGGCCCGCCCCUGCCCCCGUUACAGGCGCGACCUGCGUCCCCUACGUCGCUUACACGCCGUACAAGGCGUACCACCCGUCCAUGGCGCCGUCGGUGUCGUCGCUGCUGUUUCCACCUCAGCGCACCCAUAAACAGCCGCGGGCAACUGUGGUCCGGAGCGAUGCUUCGAGUGGUAGCGGUACGCUUGGGUCUGGGUCUGGGUCUGGGUCUGGGUCGGAGGGUUCGUCUUCUUCGGGUCUGGAGGAGAGGCUGGCCCGUUGCGCGGUGGCUGAGCGUGAUGCUGCAGAGACUCCAGCUAGGGGGUUUGGUGGUGUCAAGGCGGGUGGUUCGUCUGCUGUUUCGCUGGUUUCUGGCGCUAGUUUCAGCAGUGAUGUUGGUGCUAGUAUUGCUGGCACCGACACCCCCACCUCUACUACCAGCAUGUACAUUCCUACCCCUACCACUGCUAGCAGCAUGUCUCGUCCUCUCCCACCCCUCCCCUCGCUGCCUCUGUCGCGCUGGGAACGCACAAAGGGCGCGACGAAGCGCUUGGCGGAGAAGCUGGGGGAUACGGAUGUGAUGUUUCCUCCACCCACUGAUUAGGAGCAGCGCUCUUAAGUGAGAGUGUGGAGGGAGGAUGUGGGGUUUAGCUUUAUGUUUACUUUGUAUUUUUAUUUUAUUUGACUGGGGGUUUUGGUUUGCUGUUUAUGGGAUUGGGAUUUGUUUUUAUUUCGGAUUGGGUGAAGAAAUAAG